UCAGCCUGCAGUGUGAAUGGACUAGUGGCCACGGGAGGUAAUGGUAGGGGGUUGAGUUGUGAGUGCGAAGGGACCGGUGGCUACGGGAAUGUUCCAGAAGGGAGCGUGGUCGGGUGACGGAAGAGGUCGAUGGAGUCUGCCGGUGGAGCAAGCGUCCAGUCAGCGAGAAUGAUCGAGAAGGGGGGCGUGGCCUCGGUCGGUGUAUAAGGGGGGGAUGCGCGGGAGACUCGGGGCUGUUGCAGUGGGGCUCUCCGUGUCUUCAACAAAGCGCCUUGUCAAGAGCAGAGUCACGGGGCCUCCGCGCAGUCGGCGACGAGACGCGAAGAUCGAGGGAGGUGUUGGUUCACCGGACCUCGGAGCUCGGAGGACGAUCCACGCGGAGAUGGAUUCUUCUCGGCCGAUGAUUUCGCUGCUGCUGCUGCUGCUGCUGAUCGUUGUCGCCAUCUGUUCGAGCGGCUCCGUGGCGACCACAGCAGGGCAGGGCCCCGUGUUUGUGGAGGAGCCGGGGGACGUCCUGCACCAGCUGGAGGGGGGUGGCAACCGUCAAGUCGCCCUGCGGUGCAACGCGAGCGGGACCCCUCCGCCCACAUACAGGUGGUUCUCCAACGGCUCCGAGGUGGAGCUGACCGACGGCCGCCACUCGGUGCAGGCCGCCGGCACCUUGGUGGUGGCCACGCGCAGGAAGGGGCGCACCGCCACGGCCUACAGCUGCCUGGCCGCGAACCGCCACGGCGCCGUGCGUAGCCGCACCGCCCUCGUGCUCCCGCAGUACCUGGACCCGUUCCCCGUGGAGGAGAGAGACCCGGUGUACGUGCGCCUCCACGCGGGGCUCGUCUUGGUGUGCGCACCCCCUCCACACUCGCCCGGGCUGGAGCUGCGCUUCCGAUGGCUCUUCAACGAGUUCCCGGCGCUGGUUCAGCAGGACGCGCGGCGAUACGUGUCGCAGGCGACGGGGGACCUGUACGUGGCGCGCGCCGAGGCGGGCGACGGCGGCCGCUACUCCUGCUACGUCACCGCCUCCAUCAUGGGCAGUCACACGAGCGUGCUGAGCUCCUUCGUCUCGCUGGGGCUCAAGAAGGACGCCACGCCGGCCGUGAAGCUGGCCCCGCACGUCGAGCUGGCGCUGCCCCCUGUGACGCGCGUCCUCGCGGGCCGCGACGUCCGCCUCGAGUGCUUCGCUCUCGGCAACCCCGUGCCGGAGAUGUCGUGGCGCCGUGUCGGGGCCGAGCUGCCCGCGGGGGCGAGGGUCACGGCGUCCGGGGCGGCGCUGGAGAUGGGGAGCGCGCGCUCCGAGCACGGCGGCACAUACGAGUGCGAGGCGCGUAACGCCAAGGGCUCCGCACGGUCAUCCACGCUCCUCGUCGUGAACGAGCCACCCAGCUGGGUGCGAGGGAUCCCUCCGGCUGAGUUGGAUAUCGGCGACCGCCUCUCGUGGGCGUGCGAGGCGCGGGGCCACCCGGCGCCGUUCUACCGCUGGCUCCGGGACGGAGAGCCGCUGCGGCCUGGAGGCCCGGUGGAGCUGGGGGACGAUGGGACGCUCACGAUCUCGGCGGUGGAGCUCAGCCACUCGGGGAUGUACCAGUGCGAGGCGUGGAAUGGCAACGGCUCCAUCUACUCCGCUGCCGAACUCCGCGUGCGCGAAUACGCGCCGCAUUUCGGCUCCUCGCCGGACCCCGGCACCGCGCACGUGGUGAGAGGCGGUGCGGCGACGCUGCUCUGCCGGCCUCGCGCCUCGCCCCACGCCACCAUCUCCUGGGAGCGGCACGGUGCCCCCAUUCUCAACUCCUCGCGGGUGUUUGUCCGUGAGCGCGACAGCUCCCUUCUCAUUGUCAACGCGACGGAGGACGCCGACGGGGGAGCCUACACCUGCGUGGCGGAGAACGCGCGCGGCCGCGCCAACCUCACCCUGCAGCUCCACGUCCAAGAGCCCACGUGGAUGUCGCGGCCGCCCACUGACUUGACGGCGAACGUGAGCGACAGCGUGCUGCUGCCCUGCCAGGCGAGCGCCGCCGCGGGGAUGAGCGUCACCUACACGUGGGAGGCGCUCGGACGAACCCUCGACCCCGGCCGCGACGCCGAGAAGUUCUGGAUCGCGAGCCAGAGCGAGGACAGUGGGGACCUCACCAUCGUGAAGGUGCGCCUGGCAGACAGCGGGCGCUACACCUGCACGGCACGCACGCCCAUCGACAGCGUGUCUGCCAGCGCCACGCUCCGAGUCAAAGGUCCGCCGGGGCCCCCAGCGUCGGUGCGCGUCAUGAAGGUGACCAACACGAGCGCCAUGUUGUCCUGGAAGCAGGGUGCCGUCAACAACAGCCCCAUCCGGCGCUACCGCGUGGAGGCUCGCACGCCGCAGUCCCGGCAGUGGGCGGCCGUCUCCACCGCGCCGGCAGAGAUCGAGGGGAGCGCGGUGACGGCCGUGUGCGAGCGCCUCGUGCCGUGGACUGAGUACGAGUUCCGCGUGGCGGCCGUGAGCGACGUGGGGACCAGCGAGCAGAGCACGCCAUCGCGACGGAUCCGCACCAACGCCGCCCCCCCUACUGUGGUGCCAGUGGCUGUGAGUGGUGGUGGUGGUCGUCCCAGAGAGCUCACCAUUACCUGGAACCCCGUGCACCCAGAAUUACGCUACGGGGACGACUUCGGCUACGUGGUGUCAUUCCGUCCAAACUCCUCCUCUUCCACCUCCACGACCUCCUCCUCCACCUCGUCGCUGAUGGCACCACGAGGCCGUCACGGCGGCGGUGGCCGCAACGACGACGUCGUCGGCGGAGACGAGGACGACGAGCGAGGCUGGACGCAGGCGGUGGUGCCGCACGCCGAGACGGCGCUCUACGUGGCAGAGCUGCCGCCCGACGUUCCGCCCUACGCCGCGUUCCUCGUGCGCGUCGGGACCUUCAACAGCGCCGGCGAGGGGCCACGUGGCCCCGCCGUGAUCGUCCACUCAGCCGAGGCCCUCCCAAGUGCCGUGCCGGAGUCCGUCGCCGCUGUGGGGGCCUCGGCGUCCGAGCUGGACGUGUCGUGGCUACCCGUGCCACAGGAAGGCCUGCACGGCAGGCUUGUCGGCUACUCGGUGUCCUACUGGCUGGCGGCCGCAGCGAACGAGCUGUCGGCGGAGACGCGGCAGGACGCACGCGUGAGCGGCGAAGCCACGGGCGUGCGCAUCGCAGGGCUCAGCGCCACCACCACGUACUCCCUCGCCGUGCGGGUGCUCAACGGGGCGGGGGCCGGCCCACCGAGCCGCACCGCCAACGGCACCACGCUCAAGCCGCCUCCGAGCCAGGUGCCCCAUAACGUGAGUGCUCAGGUGACGCCCGGCUCGGGGACCACGCUGCACUGGGACCCCGUGGAGGCCACGGAGAACGAGUCAGCCGUCACCGGAUACAAGGUGCUGUAUUGGUUGGAGACGAACGGCCCCGUGGUGCGAGCCGUGCUGGAGAGUGAACGCACCUCGGCCUGGCUGAACCUCACCAGCGACGGCGUCUACACGGUGGAGGUGCGGGCACGCAGCCCCGGUGGGGAUGGGCUUCCCGCUCGGCUCACCGUAGAAGUCACCACCGAGAACCAUGCUUCGGCUCUGGAGAAAAUGCCGGCUAAAAAAGGCAAUCAAGGUUCAAGUGGCGGCCACAACCCCCUGGGUCACGCGUCCGCGAUGGUGGUUCUGGCAGCAGUCCUCGUGGCAUUUCUUCUGGGCUGAGGCUGCCACUGGCUCGCCAUCGCAUCACAACACAGAAACUUCUCGCAGUAGCCCCCCCCCCAUCCCCUUUUCACUUAACGUGAACGUAAACAUAUUUCCCCUCCCGCCCCCGCUGGAGUAUCAUUUUGUAGUGGAUGACAAUCUCUGCCGUCCACGCCAGUUGUAAUGUAAAAUGUUAAUGUCACAUUAAAGACGGCCAAAAGUUUAUCCUCUUCUGCACUUUGACCACUUUAAAGAUAAGCAAAGCCUGACGUUUAUUAACGCAUAUAGAUUUGAACUUGUCCAAUGCUGCAUAAAUGUACAGAUAAAAGAAUAUAACCGUUAGCUUAACAAAAGCAAACGUUUCUGUGAAGCAACUUGGAAGAAACAAUAUUGUGACCCAUGGCUUAAGAGAUAUUCACCUUUGUAAGUCUAACUUUGUUCAUUUGUAAUUUUUGAGAUGUGCUAUGACUAAAUGCAUUUAGAAAUGUUCUGUACAUGAAACUUACCCGAGCAGUGUUGUAACUUUAGGAAACGGACGAUAUGUUUGUGUUUUAAAUGUUACGGGAAACAUUUCGCAACCGAAAAUAAGUAUUUGCCCACUGUUGUAUAUAAUGGUAUAAAUUGGCAUGGAAAAAGUUUUGCUUUAAUAGUUUGUAUUUGUCCUUCUAGCAUUUACCCAACUUGCUGACAAACUAACUUCCGUUUAAGCAUGGUAACGUCUUGCAAACAACACACAUUAUGAAUUCCAACCGAAACAAUCCAAAAUUUAUUUUGUAAAUCUUGUCCUAUAAAAAAAGUCAUGGUUCUACAUGCAGUGUUCUAGGUGAAUCGCCGGCAAAUCCUUUCCAAUUAUAUUUUUGGCAAAUCUCGUUUCAAUUCACAACACAGCAUCUGACAGCAGGACAUUGACAAGCGAUGGAUUGCCCGAUAACAAACAUUGUAGCUAAACUUGGAGGACUAGCAACAAACUAAUAUUUGCAAAUCAGUUGGAAUAUUUAGAGUAACGCUUUCAAAAUUGUCACCAUUUUAACCCCAGUAACAUUUAAGUCACCCGAUGUUACUUUUAGGUAUGCAUUGGUACACGAACAGCCCUUUUUGUCAAUCUACCCCCCACUCUGCGGGUCGUGGAGGUCAUUUCACCAUACCUCACCACGCUGAUCGGUGCGGCGUGGUGAACGCAGGGAGCACAGGUGUGGGAGCAAAGACGUAGAAACAUCGAAUUUAGCCGCACCUCCCUCUGCUGUCCACCACGUUCAUAGUCCAAAAAACCUUUUGUGCAGAAGCAGUUGCCCAUCCAGGCCCUAUCCGGCUUAGCUUCCAAUAUCUGAUAAGACUGAGCACUUUCCAGGUAAUUUAGUCAAAGAUCAAAUACAUUAAGCCACCAGAAACAGUGUUAAAAGGUUUACACGAAUAGAAAGUAUUUGCCAAGGGUACACAGAUGAGAAAAAAUGUGCGCAUGGAUGGGCGAAUGUGAACACAAAGAUGCAUGCAUGCCAAGUGCAAACCGUGAGCACGUGGGCGCUGUCGUAUACAUCGAGGGGCGCGUCGUCGCACCAACACCACCACCCGUGCGCGUAGGACGUUUUGUACAAUAACCCGAGCGGCGUUAGCAAUGUACAGCGUUUUCCGUCGUGUUGUCGUGACUUUUACGCCAUAACAUAUCAAACAAAAAUAAACCAUUUGUACAAAAAGAAUGACCCUCCUGGCUGCUGGUACCAGCAAAACCUGAACCCAAACACACCAUCAAUUCUCAAAAAAGGAGACAACUUGCAUUUUCCCCCCAUUGUUGAUAAUUACUCCUCUCUACAAGACCGGCCGAUAAAUAUUACUUUGGCACACAUCCCGACAGGACUGAGCAUUGCAAUGGAGCACGCAUGUUUCUGUUGGUCAACCCUUGUUCACACCGUUCGCGUUUUGCCUGGCACGUGCGAGGAGUGACAUUCUUCCACAAGAUAUUAAGGGGCGACAUUUACACGCAAGUAACGAGUGGAGAUGCACCAUUCUUCGGGUUCAGAGAUCGUUCCGACUUUAACUUAGGCAUGUGCAAAAAGUUAUUUGUUUAUCGAAGUUGAGUGUUUCAUACAGUACUUUGUUUUCCCGAUUUUGCUUCGUGUGGAGCAUCCACGAUUUCAGAUGUGACAGUGCUUUGUAAUCUUCUGAUGAAAGGCGCUAUAUGAAAACACAUUUUUUAUCAUUCCUAUUUAUUUCAGGAAGCUUUUCCUCAAUCCCCACACCCCUCAACCACCACCUCCCACGUCUUAAAAUAACAAAUACAAUUCUACAGAUGAAAUGUCACGCCGUGGAAAACAAGUGAUCGGCAAACAUCCAUUUUAUUGCUUCAUUACGUAAAUGUACUGUAAGCCAGAGCCUGUCAGCUCACACAAAACAGAUUUUUGUACAGAAGUUGCUUUCACGAGAAACAUUUUUUUUGUUAAAAAGGGGGGAGGGGGGGGGGAAAUUAUAGAUAACAUUUAACGCAAUCAUAAACAUUCAACCUACAAAAAAACCCUAGAGGAGCGUCUACAGGGGUGUGUUUAUAAACCUACUCACCAUAUCAAAAAAAGGUAUUAUAUUAUGUUCACUAGAGGUGGCUGCCCAGGGGGGGGGGGUGGUAAUAGCCAGACAUGACGAAUGGACAAACACGUGGCUGCGGUCAAACUCAACAAA